AUGAACGGUUCGAGCAACUGCUCUGGGAGAGUCGAGGUGUUUCAUGAGCAGCAGUGGGGGACCGUCUGUGACGACAGCUGGGAUUUAACAGAUGCUCAAGUGGUGUGCAGGCAGCUGGGCUGUGGGACAGCAGUCUCAGCCCCUGGCUCUGCUCAGUUUGGACAAGGAACUGGUCAAAUUUGGCUGGAUGAUGUGAACUGUGCAGGGGCUGAAACUAUCCUCACCGAGUGCCGGGCACGGCCUUGGGGAGACCACAACUGUAACCACGGAGAGGAUGCUGGUGUGGAGUGCUCAGGUGUUGCGGAACCAGCUCCUGUCCGGCUCGUGAACGGUCCAAAUCGUUGUGCUGGGAGAGUCGAGGUGUUUCAUGAGCAGCAGUGGGGAACCGUGUGUGAUGACGGCUGGGACACAGCUGAAGCCAGUGUUGUGUGCAGGCAGCUGGGCUGCGGGGCAGCGCUGUCAGCCCCGGGUUCAGCUCAUUUUGGGCAAGGUUCUGACCCCAUCUGGCUGGACGAUGUGAAUUGCUUAGGGAAUGAAGCUGCCCUCUCUGAGUGUAGGGCCCAGUCUUGGGGGUCCCAUAACUGCAAGCAUGGAGAAGAUGCUGGUGUGGUGUGCUCAGCUCCACUGCGGUUAAUGAAUGGACCAAAUCGCUGCAGUGGAAGAGUUGAAGUUUUUUAUGGCCAGCAGUGGGGAAUGGUAUGUGAUGACAGUUGGGAUAUGAGCGAUGCUGAAGUUGUUUGCCGACAGCUGGGCUGUGGGAGAGCGCUAUCUGCUCCAAGCUCUGCUUAUUUUGGAGAAGGAUCUGGUCCUAUCUGGUUGGAUGAUGUGAACUGCACAGGGACUGAAACUGCCCUCUCCAAAUGUGAGACCACUCUAUGGGGAGUCCAUAACUGUAGGCAUGGAGAAGAUGCUGGUGUUGUGUGCUUGGGUGUUCCAGAACCAGCCCCGAUCCGACUGGUGAGCGGUUUGAAUUUCUGCUCUGGGAGAGUCGAGGUGUUUCAUGAGCAGCAGUGGGGGACCGUCUGUGACGACAGCUGGGAUUUAACAGAUGCUCACGUGGUGUGCAGGCAGCUGGGCUGUGGGGCAGCAGUCGCCGCACCUGGCUCUGCUCGGUUUGGACAAGGAACCAGCCAAAUUUGGCUGGAUGAUGUGAACUGUGCAGGGGCUGAAGCUGCUCUCUCUGAUUGCCGGGCACGGUCUUGGGGAGACCACAACUGUAACCAUGGAGAAGAUGCCGGUGUGGUCUGCUCAGGUGUUGCGGAACCAGCUCCUGUCCGGCUCGUGAACGGUCCAAAUCGUUGCGCUGGGAGAGUCGAGGUGUUUCAUGAGCAGCAGUGGGGAACCGUGUGUGAUGACGGCUGGGACACAGCUGAAGCCAGUGUUGUGUGCAGGCAGCUGGGCUGCGGGGCAGCGCUGUCAGCCCCGGGGUUCGCUCCUUUGGCACCCAUCUGGCUGGACGAUGUGAAUUGCUUAGGGAAUGAAGCUGCCCUCUCUGAGUGUAGGGCCCAGUCUUGGGGGUCCCAUAACUGCAAGCAUGGAGAAGAUGCUGGGUUGGUGUGCUCAGGUACUCCAGAAGUGCCUCCUCUCCGGCUGGUGAAUGGCCCCACUCGUUGUGCCGGGAGAGUUGAGGUACUUCAUAGCCAGCAGUGGGGGACGAUCUGUGACGACAGCUGGGACUUGAGCGAUGCUGCAGUAGUGUGCCAGCAGCUGGGCUGUGGGACCGCCAUGUCUGCCCCAGGUUCAGCUUAUUUUGGGCAAGGUUUUGGCCGUAUCUGGUUGGAUGAUGUGAAAUGCUCCGGUAGAGAAUCAGCCCUCUCCGACUGUGCAGCGAGGCCUUGGGGAGUCCAUAACUGUAAUCACGGAGAAGAUGCAGGCAUCGUAUGCUCAGUCUAA